AUGUCGACCAACGAUCUACAAGCUCUUUUUGCAAACCUGAAGCCAAAACCUAGGGACCCUCCUUCAACCAUUCAGCGCUCCAUCUCCGGGAAUCAAGCUCAGCAUCCGGGUGCUGCUGCUCAAUCUUCAACUUCACCUCCUCCUUUCUCAUCACUUGCCAACGAUCCCAUGUUCAAUUCCUUGCCACCAGGGCCUGCUGCAAGCUCGGGCUCGGGCUCGGCCUCUGGCGCCACCGCCCAAUCACUCCUCAGUCUUCUCAAUUUUGGCCCUUCCACAUCCUCCGCAGUUCACUCGGUGCCACCAUCCGCACCCAACAAUUCUCUACGCAACGGUGAAGAGAUGAGAGCAGAUUCAGGAAGACCCGCAACCGCUAGCAAUACCCCUCAGGUUUCCGCUUCUGAUCUUCUCGCAAAAUUCAUCAGCCCUGUAUCUCCUGCCGCUCGUCCAGCUAGCCACUCUCCUGCAAAUCUUGAGGAUCAAGGUGGAGGUGGCGCACAGCCGACUUUCGAGCCUGGAAGGGAUGCUUCCCAAGAUGCCCUCUUGAAGCUUCUCAACCGCGCCCAAUCGACCUCGGCGACACUGCCGGGCCAGGGGUCGGGCGAGCGCCCACGUCCAACCGCCACUGAGGUCAAAAAUGAGGAGAAACUUGGAGGCGCUGUGGCAGGCAACUCAGACCUUCCAUUUAGGGUGUCCUCCCAGCAUAGUGGUAUUUCCACGCCCUCGGAGGACCCAAGAAAUGACCCAAAAACUUCAAGUCAGCCUCGGCCGAUCUUUACAUACACGAAUCCAUUUCAAGCAUUGCAGGCUUCUCGUUCUCAGACCCCCCAAAAAAAUUCUCGGGCUUCCCAUUCCUCCCAACCCGAUGUUCCUCAUCCCAGCGUUGAGGCUGCCACUGAAGAUACUGUGGAUGAAGAACCUGCACGCAUGGCAAACCUCGAACAAUUCGCAAAGAGAAAGAUCUUGACCCCUCGACUUGCUUCUACAGCUCGAGCUGGAGCUGUUUCACCAGGAGCUUCGAAUUCAUCCUCUGCACAAGCACAAGAUUUGAGCCACCCCACUACUGACGAAUCUGCUGCAAAUCCUGCCAUACCACUUCCAGAGAUUCUGUCUGGGCAAAACACUCAGGGCGAACAAUCGGAGGCCAAUGCUUCGUCCCAAAGUGCAGUGGGAAUUUCCAAAAUCCCCAUCGAACCUCAAGUCGAAGGUGGAGAUGAAUGGGAAGAUGCCGAGGAAACAGAAGAAACUCCUGGACAAGAGCCUGCCCCACGAACCGUCCCUGUCUAUAAUUUCCCGAUCAAGCCCUUUGUCUCAAUCACACUACAGCUUGAUAACAAGUCAGAUGUUAAUAUCCGGGACGACGGGGUGAUGGAGAUCUCGCGUCUAAAAAAGGACUUCGACCAGUUAGACCGUUCACUUGCCUCCGCCACAUCCAAGUAUAUCACCUACGCGCUGCUCAAGAGCGGUAUGCGUAUAAUCAGACAGGAUGAUGGCAGUGAUCGACAAGUUUUCAAGCACUCUCAUGAUCGCAUUUUUAAUGUGACGUUCUGCUCUGCUCUUGACUCAGAUGACCAAGCUGUCCUAGGCACCGGUGUCAGUGGCUCUGUGUAUUAUGCUACCCUUGCAAAAGAUAGCAACGACUUGUUUGAGAAGAACGAACUUGAGUCGGAGAGCCUGAUCUUUCCCCCUUAUCCACCCGCAGACGAGAACACUGCGGGGGGGGUCCUAAAGACUCGCGCAAAGCGCAGCUCUCGACACCCUGAGUUCUUCGCGAUUGGAAGAGGCAAGGCUAUUCACCUCAUCUGGCCAGCUGCCGCACUCUCCUCACGUUUUGGUAUCUCACAGGACAACCGACGCGUCGACAUCGCAGCCUUUUUCCAGGAGCGAUCAUUGCAGAUAUCAACCGGAAAGGCUGGAAAGGACUUCACUUUCAGUGAGGAUGAUAGUUUGAUCGUCUCUCUUGACAAAACUGGAAGGCUCCGGUUCUGGGACAUACGGAAGUUGAUUGACGAGUCCAAUGCCACGGGUAUUCGCGCCAAUAUGACGGUGGACAUGCCACUGUUGUCGCUGUCAACUGCAUCGCCUGCUGAGAAAUCAUGGCCUACUUCGGUGCUAUUCGUUGACAAGGCUCGACCGUAUGUUCGGGGUGGCCCACUGCGAUAUGUUCUAGUUGGCUUGAGACAAAACCAUACUCUACAACUAUGGGAUAUUGCUCUCGGCAAAGCAGUUCAAGAGCUCAAUUUUCCUCAUGAGAAUGAAACAGACGGCAUUUGCAGUGUCAGCUACCAUCCCAACAGUAGUAUCAUUGUCAUUGGCCAUCCCACGAGAAAUUCGAUCUUCUUUGUGCAUCUCUCAGCUCCCCGAUACUCUCUUAGCGCAUCAUUGUCGCAAGCAGCAUUCAUCAACCGCAUUGCCAUGAAAGAUCCAGAACUCCCAAAGCCAGAAUCAACUGCGUGCAUGAGUGGAAUCCGGGAGAUUUCCUUCGCUUCAAAGGGACAACUACGCAGUGUUGAGCUUCUGCCCAUCAACCGUCCUCUAGAUGUGCAGAAGAACCUCGAUGAGAAGACACCACUCUUUGAGCUUUAUGCUGUCCAUUCUAAGGGUGUCACAUGUCUGAGCAUCACCAAAGAAGAUUUGGGCUGGGACUCGGACAGUAAGGUUGUCCAUAGUAUCGAUGCAAGCAAGAAUGGUUAUGUCAAUCUGAAGGAAUUGAGAUUGGGUAGCGUGAUCGAGGAAGCACCACGCAGCAAGAGUCCUACUGAAGAGGUCCAGCCAACUGCCAAAGCGCCUUCGAAGAAGAAAUCAGCUAAAAAGGGAGUCAAUAGUACCGACCGAGACGUCACAAUGAAUGAGCCUUCUGAGUCUAGCAAAAUUACCCCAGCUCAACCACUAACCAAUGGCACUGCGGCUGUGGAGGGGCCGAACGGCGACACCUCGUCCGCACCCAAGGAGAGCAAGAAGAGUAAGAAGAAGACUUCUACUGCUGUUGAUCAAAACGUACCUGGCAAGAGUACACCUCGCACGGCAUCCCCAACGAAGAAUACCCAGGUUCCUGCGGAUGCUCCUGCAAGCAAGGAUCUAAGCUUGGACGAAAAGCCAAGUCUCAAUCCGCAAAGUGCAGCGACCACAUCAGCUGAUCUAGGCUCUUCUAGCAAAGCCGAGCCUGUUACCGUCGGCAUUUCCGGUGACUGGUUGGACAAGGAAUUGAAGAAAGUCGAGCGCGGAGUUUCGAAUGAAUUCCGCAAGGAGCUGAACACACUUUAUCAAGGCAUCCAGAACGACCGACUUGUGCAAGAUGCUGCGGCCUCGACUCGUCAAGAAGCCCUUCUCCGACUAGUCUCAACGACCUUGACAACCAAUGUCGAAAAGAGUCUCUCUCGUAUCUUGGCCACUCAAAUGCAGCAAGUUGUGGUUCCUUCGAUUACCGGUAUCACGGUUCAAGCCGUGAGCAAUCAAGUGGGAGAUGCACUAGCGAAAGCAUUGCACUCUCUUAUUCCACAUGAGCUCAAUGUUCAAUUGCCUGUGGCAAUCAAUAACGCAGUGCAAAGCCCUCAGGUCACUCGCUUGAUCGCUGACACAAUCUCUCAAAAGAUCGUGAAGCACACGGAGACUCAGCUCUCGGACAUAUUACAAAAAGAAAUUGUGCCUACCUUCACAAGCCUUGCACUUUCAGCAGCAGAAAAAGCAGCAGCCGAAGUGGAAGUUAGGAUGCAAGGUGAAAUUCGCCAAUAUGAGGCACAGCGUCGACAUGAUACCGCACGUUUGGAAAAGUUGAGCCAAGCAUUGCAAAGCAUGGCACAGACCCUGCAGCAAAUGUCUGAUACUCAGGUUGCUUUUCAAAGUCAAAUUCUCAAAGACCGCCGUCAGCUUGCGGUGCUCGGAGAAGGCAGUGCAACUCCAGGAUCGAGGCAAGUAUCAACAGCCAAGUUGACGCCAACGCAAUCGCAUGCUACGGUUCCAACCCCACAAACACCCAAGUCACGGGAGGAAUUGGAGCUGGAAGACAUCGCACGACUGAUGGAUGGAGGCCGCUAUGAGGAAGGCUCAAUCAAGUGGCUGCAAUCCACUCAGCAAAUCGAAUUGUUCGACAACCUUUUCAUUCAUUAUACUCCAGAGUACCUUGCGACCGAUGUUUCGCCACUCAUUGCCUUCUCCAUUGCUGUGACCAUUGGAAGCUCACUCAACACCAACACUGCGCGACGUCUUGAAUGGAUUGCUGCGGCCUUUGAUGCCGUUGAUCUUCAGGAUCCCGAGAUAACGGACCUCGCCGAGCAUGCUCCCGCACUCCUCAGCUCUCUCAUUCAAAAAAUAGAAGGGUUGUACAUGACCAUUGCCGAACGUGAUCCCAGAGACCCAGCACUGCAAAUAAUGCCCGUUGUCUCAAGAAGAGCGAAAGAGAUGAGAGUGUCGAUGAUAGGCCCUCCUUCAUCUUAUGGGCGACCAAUCAUGCCUCAGGUGUAUUAA